UCUGUCAUGACAGUUGGGUUUUACAAAACUCUCCUAUUUAUAUGCGACUACCAUCGAAGUGUGGAGAAUACUAUCUACUGGCUGAUUUCGCAUACCCCUGUACACAACACAUCAUUACGCCAUAUAAAGACAACGGGCGUCUUACUCGUGCACUAAAGAAUUUCAAUAGAAAAUUGGGGUCAGGUCAAAUACUAAUAGAAAAUGCAUUUGGUAUUUUAAAACAACGUAUUAGACAGCUGUACUACUGUAAAUUUAAAGGAGUUGAAAAACCGUGUCACUUUAUAAGAGCAUGUUGCGUUUUGCACAAUCUUGCAAAUGAAAACGACUUAGAAUUCACAUUUUCAGAACAAUCUGAGGAAGAUAAUGAUGUCAACAACCACAUCCCUUUUAGAUUAAGUAUCGUUAGAGAUUCGAUUUGGAAUGAAUUACAAACAGAAAAUAAUUUGGAUUAA